UUAACUCAAUAUCUCUCGUUCUCAGUGGAAAUGGUGGGCACAAUGCCCGGCAUGAACUCGUACCUGCUACAAAACCUGAACCAGAUACUGGCGUCUGGCAUGGGAGGGCCUCUAGCGGGCAUGCUGGGACAGUUCGCGCAACUACCACCCUGGGGGCAACCCAAGGCGGCUGGCAUGUGGCAGCCUGACAAGAUGCCCGGAGACGAAGAAGAAGUGGAUGAUGAAGAGAUGGGGGUCGCUGAAACAUACGCAGAUUAUAUGCCUCCAAAAUUAAAACUCGGCCGCAAGCACCCCGACCCAGUGGUCGAGACGGCGUCCCUCUCCUCCGUGGAGCCUGUGGACGUGACGUACAAGCUCAGCCUGCCGGACGAGACCAUCCGCAACGGGCUGCUGUCGGCGCUGCAGCUGGAGGCCGUGGUCUACGCCUCGCAGGCGCACGAGCACAAGCUGCCCGACGGCUCCCGGGCCGGGUUCCUUAUCGGUGACGGUGCCGGCGUGGGAAAAGGCCGCACGAUCGCGGGCAUCAUCUUCGAGAACUACCUGAAGGGCCGCAAGCGCGCCAUCUGGGUCUCAGUGUCUAACGAUCUGAAGUAUGACGCGGAGAGGGAUCUGAGGGACAUCGGCGCGGGGAAGAUUGAGGUUCACCCGUUGAACAAGUUCAAAUACGCCAAGAUCUCAUCAGCGGUCAACGGCAAUGUCAAAAAGGGCGUGGUCUUCUGCACAUAUUCCGCGCUCAUCGGCGAGACGCAGUCCACAAGCAACAAGUACCGGACGCGACUCAAGCAGUUACUGCAGUGGUGUGGCGAGGACUUCGACGGACUUGUAUCCUUUUACACACACGACAAUUUACUUGAAUUUGAAUUUAAUGGCAUUGGUGUAAAGUCCAAAUUCGAAAGGGGGCCAGUAAUUGGUCGCAACUAA